AUGUUAUCUCAAUAUAUAAAUAAAAUAAAGAGUAAUAGUUAUUUGAAGUUAGUCCCAAAUUCUUCUCCUCAAAAAAAGAAAAAGAAAAAAUAUGAUGCCGUAAUUGGUGUAGGAUCAUCGGUUCUUGGUGUUGGAUUGGGAUUAUUUGGAUUUCAUUUCCUUAGAGAAUGUAUUAAUAAAAAUCAAAUUAUAACAAGUUUAGCAGUGAUGGGGUUAAGUGGAGUAAGUUUAGCUGUAUUGGCCGCUUUAAGUAGCAGUCUAGGCAAUAAAAUCAAAAACUUCGAUAAAACACUUAAUCUAUUUAAAUCUUUGCAUGAAAAAUUGGAAAAGGAGAAAAAUCGUCAUGUUGAAGAAGAAAACAAAUUUGUUGAAAAUAAACAAAAAUUGAUUGCUGAAUAUGAAUUGCUUGUAUACGAAUUUGGAGCAUUUGAAUCGGAGCUUUGA